CCCUUCGCCGUCAAUUGACGUCUCUUGUUUCCUCUUCCAGCUCUCAGUCUCAGUCUCUCUCACUGUCAGCUCAGUCUCUGAAACAAACGCCCCAAACAUAAUCACCACCACCACCACCACCACCACCUUCACAGUACCAUUAGCAUCGUGACGUCCGUCACAGUCACCACGCACUACCUCCAUUUAUUCUUUUUCUAGGUUUUGAACUGGUGAAGUAUUAGUUUGAUCGUUGCAGAUGUUGACUUAUCUUUCCCUUCAUUAACGUAAAUUUUCUAGUUGCGGAGUGGCAAGUGUUUUUGUGUGGUUAUGGGUGGAAGCUGUGAAAACCAUUUCUUGCAAUUUCAUAUAAAUAAUGGCUAAGGGUUGAUCAUUAUUUAUUUCUGUGAUUUCAAUCUGUGUUAAGAAAAUAUAUAAAAUCCAAAUGAUUACACACGAACAAGAUCCGGAUGUUGUUCGGUGGGGUCUCCAGUUGUUUGAAAGCAACCCUUAUUCAAAUUAUGUGUAUUGUGAUGCUGCUAUACAAGACGAUAUUGAUUAUUAUGCUGAGCAGCAUUUCAAGGAUGGCUAUUAUGAUCCAGCAUGUUGCAAUGUAGACCAUGAUGAGCUUAUCGCACAAGCUCUUCAAGAAGAAUUAUCACAACUUUCGGUUGCAGAAGUACCUGAGUCUCCACAUGAAGGAGAUGAACAUUUGCAAGUUUCUUCUUUCCAACCGGACUGGCAUAGUCAAUCUGUAGAGAAUUAUGGUUCUGGGCAAGAGGGUGGUCAGGAAGGGGCAGAUGAUGUGGAGCCUUCUAGUUCAUGCUCUAGUCCUCAAGAAAAUUCUUAUCCCACAGAAGAUUGGUCAUACUCACUGGAGUUAGCAGAGGAAUAUGCUUUUGAAGAUGAAGUGGGAAAAUGGUUGAAUGAAAUGGCCCCCAUUCCUCAUGUGCCUAGAAUUAAUGGAGAAAUACCCUCUGUUGAUGAAGCAACGGUAGAUCACCAAAGGCUAUUGGACAGAUUGCAGGUAUAUGAUUUAGUUGAGCGUAAAGUUCAAGGAGAUGGUAAUUGUCAGUUUCGUGCUUUGUCAGAUCAAUUUUAUCUGACUCCUGAACACCAUGAAUUUGUGAGACAAGAAGUUGUAAAUCAGCUUAAAUCUUAUCCUGAGACGUAUGAGGGUUAUGUUCCCAUGGCCUAUGGAGACUAUUUGGAGAAGAUGUCCAAGAGUGGUGAAUGGGGUGAUCAUGUCACUUUACAGGCUGCUGCAGAUUCGUAUGGGGUCAAAAUAAUUGUCAUAACAUCUUUCAAGGAUACUUGCUAUAUUGAGAUUCUUCCAAAUGUUCAACAAUCAAAAAGAGUAAUUCUUUUGAGCUUCUGGGCGGAGGUGCACUACAACUCAAUAUUUCCACAAGGAGAUUGGCCAGUAUGUGAGACCAAGAAAAAGAAAAAAUGGCGGAUGUUUCGGAACAAGCAUUUGGACUCACUAGAUGAAUACCAAUGACUGUAACAACAAAGUUUAGUUCAUUAUUGGCUUUUGGAAGUAGCAGCAACUUUCCCAUUCCUAUUUUCUGCCAGAUUUAACAGCAGAUUCAGGAACACAUUGAUGCAGCUCUAAUCCACAUUAUUUCUAGAUCAAAAUUAUAUGUUGUUAAAUGUUAAACUUUCCUUUUCCUUUCGACUGUUACUGAUGUUGAUACACUCUUUUCUUGCUCUCCUUUCUGAAUGUUCUUAUAUUGCGCAUGCUAGUUUUUGCGGUCGCAUGCUUGCUGGAAGCAUAUCUAUAUUUACUGAAGAAAUUAGUUGAUUCCCAAUGGGAAAUUUCUUCAGAAUUUUGUAAUUUUCCUCGGUUGUGUUUAUUAAAUGUUGAUUGUACAGAUA